AUGGCAUUUUUCAUUUCCAUGUUGCUCCUGAAGAUCCAUGUCAGUGGAGCUUUCAGAAGGGAAUUUAUCAGCUGCAACUACACAUUUGUUAAACAAGGCUUGAGAACAGGCAGUCCUAAUGGGGUGUUCAUUCGUGGAUCCUUUGGUGUAGGCUUCCCCAAGGACAGUGAAAGAGGUCAUUUUGAACUAGUGGCACUUUCAGAUAUUUCCUUCCAGGUUGGACACCGAGGGACAAUGCACGAUUAUCCGGGCUUCAGCCCAUCAGUGGAUGCUGAAGCGAUUCGCAAGGCAAUCAGAGGAAUCGGAACCGACGAGAAAACGCUCAUCAGCAUUCUGACUGAAAGGACGAACUCACAACGUCAGCUGAUUGCUCAGGAAUAUCAAGCAGCAUAUGGAAAGGAACUGAAAGAUGACUUGAAGGGCGAUCUCUCUGGCCACUUGAAGCAACUCAUGGUGGCCCUUGUGACUCCUCCGGCUGUGUUUGAUGCAAAGCAGCUGAAGAAAUCAAUGAAGGGCACUGGAACAAGUGAACAUGCGCUGAUUGAAAUCUUAACCACCAGAACGAGCAGGCAGAUGAAGGAGAUCUCGCAAGCCUACUACACAGGUGGGCUUAUUCUCUGCUUACUUUUACCACUGUCCACACACGUAGGAGCCCAUGUGGCUCUCCCCAGAAACCCACCAAGCUCUUCUUCACAAGGCACUUUGGGCAGGCAAGACGUGAAAAGAAGGAUACAUUCUAAAAUGGGGGAAGGUUGGUGGAUCUUCAGAGGAAAUGUGACUGUGAGCCGAGCUAGAAACUGCUGCAUAACCACGGCAUUGACACUUUGCACUUAGCACAUUACAGCCGUG